UUCCCCAAGUCCUUUUCCAAGCCCAAUUCAUCCCUGAAAGGGGACAAUUCCAGGGACCAGUGUGCAUCCCUAAAGCAGGGGGUGCAACUUGGCCACGCCCCCAUCCCUGCAACUUGACCCGGGCUGCGACCCCCAGCUCUGACGUCUCGGAAAAUUCCCCCUCCCCUACUCAGGCCCCCCGGGAAGGGGGCAUGGUAUGAAAUGGGGCUGAGACCCCCCUGGCUACGAGAGAAGGAACCUGCCAGAGGUGAGCCACUGCACUGCGAACUGGGGACUGAUGCCUGGGUAUCUGAAGUGGGAACUUCUAAGACGCUGGGAGUCUGGAUUGAAGUGUCUGAGAGAGGGAGAAGGGACUGGAAACCAAUAUUCCAUUUCCUGGGGAAGGAGGUUGCAGAAGUCUAGACUCCUGGGUCUGAGGGAAACAAGGGCUGCAGUCAGGCUCCUGGGUCCCUAAAUGUCACUGGCUUGCCCAUUACCCUUGGAACUUUUCCUUUCUUUUCCAGGACAAUCAGAACAAGCAUCCAUGGACCUGUGGAACUGGGAUGAAGCGUCACUGCAGGAAGUGCCUCCUGGGGACAAGCUGACAGGACUGGGUAGGCUGCUGUGGCUUGGGACAAACUGGAUGCUAGGGUGCAAGGAGGCAGCCCUCUUGACCCCUGACGUGGCCUUAACAUCCUUGUUGCCCGCAGAAGGAGCGGAAUUUGGCUUCUAUUUCCCUGAAGUGGCCCUGCAAGGGGACGCACCGAUCACACCAAUGACAGUAGAGAACUGCUGGAGAGGGUUCUCAGAGCUGGACUGGAGCCCCGCUUUACCGCAGGAGGAAGUACCUUGUGAGAAGGAGCCGGUUGCUCACCCCGUUCCGUGGUCGCGAGACUGGAGUGACCUGGGGUGCAAUACCUCGGACUCGUGGAGCUGCGCUUUACAGACGCCAGGCCCCGCCCCUCCAGGCACAAGCCCUUCCUUCCCUGGCUUUGAAGGGGCGACCGACCAAUAUCCUGCCACCUCGGCCGGAGGGGACCCCUCGUGGUCGCACCCCCCGGCCGCCUGGAGCAUCGCCAGCUGGGACAGUUCUGCGGGCACCAAUGGCGCCACCUAUUGGGACAAUGGCCUGGGCGGGGAAGCCCGUGCGGACUAUAAGAUGUCGUGGGGCGGGUCUGCGGGUUCGGACUACACCACCUCGUGGAAUCCUGGGCUGCAGGACUGCAGCGUCCCUUGCGAGGCGUUCCAGAGUGCAGCAUUCACCACGUCCUCCAAAUCGAGCCAGCAGUCUGAUCGGGCCACCUUAAGUCGCUACCGCAAAACUAACCACCGAGGUCCCAUUCAGCUGUGGCAAUUUCUCCUGGAGCUGCUCCACGACGGGGACCGCAGCAGCUGCAUCCGCUGGACAGGCAACAGUCGCGAGUUCCAACUGUGCGACCCCAAAGAGGUGGCCAGGCUGUGGGGCGAGCGCAAGAGGAAGCCGGGAAUGAACUAUGAGAAGCUGAGCCGAGGUCUGCGCUACUAUUACCGCCGCGACAUCGUGCUCAAGAGCGGUGGGCGCAAGUACACGUACCGCUUCGGGGGACGUGUACCGGUCCUUCCCUGUCGGGACAGCAUGGGGCACCUGCCAGGUGCAGAAAGCCAAUAA